AUGGCUGCGGACGCUGCUGUCAACUUUAACUUUCUCCAUAAGACUUGUAAAGUCGUGGUUCUGCUCUGCGUCCUCCACAUCUUCGUAACUUUAUUCUUCUACAUGCGUUCUUCUGACUCGUCCAUCGCUUUCGUCCAAAACCAGCAGCAGAACCCCAGAUUCUUCGCCUCAAACAACCGCUCCAGCCCCAGCGAGCAGACCGCUGCUGUCAACGGGGAAAGGGCGAGUGAAAGUCGGGGUGAUGAGGAGAGAAGGGCCGGUGGGGAGGAGGGGCAGCAGAGCCAGGCCCAGGCUGUGGUGAAAGAGUCGGAGAAUAAGCAGCAGGAGCCCGAGAGAAAGUUGGGCAAGUGUCCGGAGACGUCCCCGCUGCUGGUGGGCCCUUUGAGGGUGGAGUUCACACAUCCUAGUCCGACUCUGGAGCUGGUGAAGAAGGAAAACCCCAACCUCAGCAGUGGGGGCCGUUUCAAACCCCCAGACUGCCUGGCCCUGCAGAAAGUGGCCCUCAUCAUCCCCUUCAGGAAGCGAGAAGAGCACCUCAAGUACUGGCUGUACUACCUGCACCCCAUUCUGCAGAGACAGCAGCUGGACUACGGCGUCUACGUCAUCAACCAGGACGGAGAUUACACGUUUAACCGCGCUAAGCUGCUGAACAUCGGAUACACCGAGGCCCUCAAGGACUACGACUACGAGUGCUUUGUGUUCAGUGACGUAGACCUGAUCCCCAUGGACGACCGCAACACCUACAAGUGUUUCAGCCAGCCCCGCCACCUGUCUGUGUCUAUGGACAAGUUUGGAUUCAGACUUCCAUACAACCAGUACUUCGGAGGUGUGUCGUCCAUGAGUAAGGAGCAAUUUCUGAAAAUCAACGGCUUCCCAAACAACUAUUGGGGCUGGGGCGGAGAGGACGACGACAUCUACAACAGAUUGGCGUCCAAAGGAAUGAGCAUCUCUAGGGCGAGUGGUGAAAUUGGGAAAUGCAGAAUGAUCCGCCACCAGAGGGACCAGAAGAAUGAUGACAACCCUCAGAGGUUUGACAGAAUCGCACACACGCGGGACACCAUGCACAAAGACGGCAUAAACUCUCUGACGUACCGCGUGGUGAAGACCGAGCGGCUGGAGCUGUUCACGCAAAUCACUGUAGACGUGGGCACCCCGCCGUGA